AUGGCUCUUCCCUGGACCAACUACUGUUCUGCUACUGGCCGACCUCAUCCUGCUCAUUACCAGCGGUGCCCGACCUGCCAGGCAGUCAAUCCUUUGCCUAAACAGACUACUCAUGUUGAUCUUACUGCAUCGCCUGAGCCACAACCUGUACAAUCUGGCUUGUACAUACAGACUACCUCAUCAUCUAGUAUCGGUCCUCGUACGGCAGUAUUUGGAAGAGAGAAUGUCCGCCAGAAUGCCUUCCUGCGCAAGAAGACCUCAAAAGACCCAGCCAGUAUGAAGACUAUUAUUCAUUUCUACCUUUACAAGGUACAGGAAGGAAAAUCUGAAGAUGAUAUUCCAGUUAUUACAUGUACUUUGCUAGAGCAGGUACAGACCUAUAUCGAUAAUUACGUACUUCAUAAUCUCGAUGACUUCCUCCGAGAUGAGCUACUUUCCUCAAUGACUGGCUGUACGUACGUACGCAGCUUUGAUGAUCAAUUCCGUCUAUCAACAGGGAUCGUACAGAAACAACCAGUCUUUCUGUCUCCAACAGCCAGAGGCAAUGUGAAGGUCCUGGACUUCUUGAAGAAAUGGUUCUCGUACAGCCACGGAUCAUACCAGAUCUAUGUGAUCAUUCAGCGCCGUACAGUACCUUCCUCUACUACAGAUAAGGCAGAGGAGACCAAGGUCAAGGAGGAGAAGAAGAUCAAAAGAGAGAUCAUUGAAAAAGAGGAGUCAGUCGUACAAGAGGGAUCAGCCGUACGAGAAGAUCAAGAUGAUCUUGAUGCUCUGGAUGCUGAGAUAGAGGCUUUGGAUGCAUCUCUGAAGCAUCAACUAUCCCAGUCCCCCUCACCACCUCAUCAUACGAGGAAGAGAUAUGUGACCGGGGAGGAUGACAAGAAUCGGGCGGCCGGGUAUGGGCCAUCAGGUCUCUGA